AUGACCGAAAACGACCAGAGACUCAGUCAAAUAUGUUCAAAAAUCAAGCGUUCAGCCGACGUAACACAGCAUCACUGGAAGUUCGCAACAUUUGAGAUAUGUUCAAAAAUCAAGCGUUCAGCCGACGUAACACAGCAUCACUGGAAGUUCGCAACAUUUGAGAAGUGCGUUGUCCGGAUAGAUGUUGUCCAACUCCAGCUGUUUAUGGAUGUGUCAUCGAUCUAA